CUGAGCUUCCCUUCUUUUCUCCUUUCGUCAACCUUUUCUCUGUAUUGCUGAUUAUUCAUCUACUUUUCUAAAUCGCUUUACCAAUUUUCUCUGCCAUUUCAGGUUGAUUAAGUAUCUGGGUAUUACUGAAAAUUUGAAAUUGUUGGAGGGUUUUUGAGGAAAUGGAACCAUCUUCGUCUUCGCCGGAGUUUGAUUACUUGUUCAAGCUGUUGUUAAUUGGAGAUUCAGGAGUAGGGAAGAGUAGUUUGUUGCUCAGUUUCACUUCUGAUUCCUUUGAGGAUCUUUCUCCAACUAUUGGUGUGGACUUCAAGGUAAAACAUGUCACCCUCGGGGGGAAGAAAUUGAAGCUUGCUAUAUGGGAUACAGCUGGACAGGAAAGAUUUCGGACUUUAACGAGUUCAUACUACCGAGGAGCUCAAGGAGUAGUCAUGGUUUAUGAUGUAACAAGGCGAGACACAUUUACUAAUCUCUCUGAUAUAUGGGCCAAAGAAAUUGACCUGUAUUCAACAAAUCAGGAUUGCAUCAAGAUGCUUGUUGGCAACAAAGUUGAUAAGGAGAGUGAAAGGGUUGUCAGCAAAAAGGAGGGAAUUGAUUUUGCCAGGGAGUAUGGAUGUCUUUUCAUUGAAUGCAGUGCAAAGACAAGGGCUAAUGUGGAACAGUGCUUUGAGGAGCUUGUGCUGAAGAUUUUGGACACUCCAAGUCUCUUGGCUGAAGGUUCAGCUGGUGUCAGGAAAAAUAUAUUUAGACAGAAACCUCCAGAAUCUGAUGCAUCAACAAGUGGCUGUUGUUGAGAUGGAUGUUUCCUUGUUUUCUUCAUGCUUUCCCUUUCUUUUGUAAAAGAAAAUGAUGUAAUUACUUGGAGAUGACAAACUCUGUUUCUAUCCUUCACGUUUGUAGUUCGUAUGACUGAAUGUUCUUCUGUUGUCCUCUUGCCCUUAAUUUGAUAUUUGAAGAAGAUGAAGAGUUCUUUUCUUUUUGUAA